AUGGUGGACCAGAGGAGGCGGAGGGGGAAGGAUGCGGAGCGCAAGCAGCAGGAGUUCCUGCGACAGGUGUCCUCCCAGAUGCUCCAGGGCGGCGGCCUGAAGGCCUGGGGCAGCUUCGGCGGCCCAGGGGGCCCGGGCCCGCGCGGCUCCGUCGACAGCCUGCCGGCCUGCGACGACGACCUGGUUUACGCGCCGGGGAUGAUGGGCCUGGACCCCGGCAAGGACGCCCUGCUCUUAGGCCAGUCCGGCGACGCCUGGGGCGGCGACCUGGACGCAGAUCAUGACCAGGAGUUGAUCUUCGGCCUGCCGUCCCCAAGCGGCUUCCCGCCAUUCGCCGAGCCGGCGCCCGGGGCGUGCCUGGGGUGCUACACAGUCCCGGAGGUCUGCGGGGGGCUGUCGCCCUUCGACGGGGUGUACGGGAUGCCGAUGGAGGAGUGCAAGCCGGAUGUCGGGGCCGCCGAGGGGGACGGCAUGUCCGUGGACGUGAAGGUGGAGGGCAUGGAGCUGGACGGCGCGCUGUCGCCCUCGGGCUGCCUCCCGUACGAGAUCCUCACGCGCGAGCAGCGCGCGGAGGUGCGGGAGGCCAGGAGGGGGCCCGUCCCGGGAGUGGACGUCGCGGCGAUGGCGCAGGCGCAGCGGGUGGCGGGCCGAUCCAAGGGCGUCACCAUGUGCCUCAGGACGCUCCUCCGCCAGCUCCUCGCAGGCACGGGUUGGAUCAUGGACAGCAGCAUCAGCAAGGACCACGCGACGCACCUGAUCAGACAGCUGGUGGGGCCGGAGCUGGACGUCCUGCUGGAGGUGCAGCUGACCCCUCGCAGGGCGGAGGCGAUGGCCUCCGAGGACAAGGAGCUCCACUACUCCAAGAUCCUGGGGGAGCUGGUGACCCGGUACGUGGGGCAGCAGGUCACCCUCAAGCAAGCGCAAGACCUAAUAAAGCGAGACAAGGGGCCCUACCACCUUACCCAGGACUUCAUCGACAUGCUGCGCGGCAAGGAGUGGCCGCCAUGCAUGCUGCCCGAGAAGGAGCUGCGCAGGUUCGGUUGCUAUCGGCAGGGGGAGGCCAGCAAGCGCACUCGGCACGACUGA